AUGGCAACUACUCAAAGAAAUGAUUGCCUCCUAAAAGGAAAAAUUUGGUUCUUUUCAAAACUUUAGGUGGAUGAAUGUACAUCUCAACCACAAUUUGGUGCAAGAAAGCAAUAUUUUAUUGUGCUGUUUUUCUUAUACUUAAAGGCAUGACUAUGUCAAGCAAAGCCUCACCAAUUAACAAACUUCAAUCAGUAACAACUCUCUGUUUCAGUUGACUCCACCUACAACUGCAAUUUUUAAUGCUGAGUUGCAUAUCUACUUUAACAUUACUUGUCGAUAGUCUUCCUUAAUAUAUCGAAACGCCUGGAUAGUUUGCAAGAACCCCCCUUUAGAAAAAUGGCAUCUUUAGAAAGAUCAAAGAAGAAGGUGCAGUUAUGGAAGAAAGCCACAGUUCAUUUCUUGCUAUGUUUUGUCAUGGGAUUCUUCACCGGCUUUGCUCCAACCAGCAAGGCAUCAAUAUUUUCGAGCCGUGUUACAAUGUCGCUUUCGUCAAACUACUCACCUCAGCCAGUGAAAGUGUUUCACCAAUCAAGAACGCAGAAUUUCAACAGAAGCUUGUUCGAUAAAACAGUAUCAAAAGCGGAGCACAGUCACAAUUCAGAUAAGGAUCAGAGAGUACCCGAAGAAGACAAAAGGGGUUCCGAGGAAUUAAACGUAAGGAAACUAGUAAUUGUCAUCACACCUACUAGUGGGAGAAAUAAGCUAAGAGGGGUGUUACUUAGGAGAUUGGCAAACACGUUGAAAUUGGUGGCUCGCCCGUUGUUGUGGAUUGUUGUGGAACAGCUGUCUGAAGAUUCCGAGGUUUCUGAGAUACUAAGGAAAACAGGGAUCAUGUACAGGCAUGUUGUCUUCAAGGAGAAUUUCACUGAUGUGGAUUCUGAAAUGGAUCAUCAGAGAAAUAUUGCUGUGAAUCACAUUGAACACCAUCGGCUGAGUGGAAUCGUCCAUUUUGCAGGGCUUUCAAAUGUUUACGAUCUCCAUUUCUUCGAAGAGAUAAGAGCAGUCGAGGCAUUCGGGACGUGGCCUAUAGCUAAACUUUUUGCGAACAAGAAGAAGGUGACAAUCGAGGGGCCGGUUUGUGAUUUCUCAGAAGUUGUGGGGUGGCAUUUAAAAAAGACGAACAAUGUAACAGAUACAAGAACAACGGCUCUUCCUAUAUCAAGUUUCGCAUUCAACAGUUCAAUUCUUUGGGAUCCGGAGAGGUGGGGCCGCCCUUCAUCUGUUCAAGACACUUCCCAGAAUUCACUGAGAUUUGUGAGAAAAGAAGUUCUUGAAGAGGAAGCGAAGGUGAAGGGAAUUCCGACGCAGGGUUGCUCUAAAGUUCUACUGUGGGAUCUUCACAUUUCUUAAUAAUGAUGAUUAGGAUAAAGAUCAUCUUCACCUAAUUGCCUGUUAGAGAAUGCUUCGAAAAUGAUUAAUGAUGCCGUAUGAAAAUGACAUUUUACUGUCUGGAUUUUUAAAAUUUGUAAUGAAUUGCAUCUGAAAGUAUAUGGGAUUUGGCAGCAAAGUUUAAGCAGUCAAUUACAGUUUUUUUUUUCGUACUUUUGAAGUCUUCUCUAAACUAAAUAUGGAAGAUCGAUUUCCACCGAUUUUGAUCCCGAAGUUUCCGGAUGUGGAAAAAUGUUUUUCACUCUGAAUUUCGAGAAUUCCGAUUUUUAUUUUAUUUUUUCGACCUUUUUUA